UGUAUGUAGUUGUGAUAAGUUUUAAAACGGAAGAAAACUGCAUAAACAAUUUUGUGCAAAAACAUGUUAAAGGUUUAAUUGUAAGAUAUAGCAUCAGGAAGAAGGGAAUGGCGACUUAUUUUAAAAUUGAAUAUGGAUUACUUUUUGCUUUAAUGUGUGUUUGUUUUAAAUGUUCAGACACACAGUGUAGUUCUAGCAACCGUUUCGGACCAAACUGUGAUUUCGAAUGCCAUUGCAUGAACAAUGAACAAUGUAACAGCAGCACAGGAAACUGUCCCUCAGGUUGUGACUUUGACUGGGUAGGGCCAGGAUGUCAACGUAAAAAUCUAGUUCCAGUUGGGCAUACCAGUUACAAUGUAAUGGUGACCCGCCAUGGAAGUAAUAUACCUGUGAGACAAAUUGCUGCGCUGGCUGUCGAUAGAGAUUUAUCGACAUGUAGUCAUACAAACUAUGCAAAUAUGUCAACGGACAUCCCAUGGUGGAGACUCUGGCUUAAAGAUAAAAACAAAAUUAGGAAUAUUUCCAUUGUUACUGUCAAAGAGUACUUAAAUUAUUUCAAGAAUUUUGAAGUUACGGUUGAAAAUAGUACAUUCGGCGACAGAUUUGGGAAUACCUAUACGGGUCGAAAAAUGUGUUACAAACACGAUAACUCCUCACUGAAAACAACGACUUUUGAUGUAACAUGUGACCAAGAGAUUUACGGAAAUCAGUUCAGAAUACGACUUGCAACAAAUGGUACACAACUUGUAUUGUGUGAUGUCAGAAUAUAUGGAGAAUGUUCUGAUGGAACAUUCGGUGCAAGUUGUACAGAUUAUUGCAGUACUCAUUGUAAUGAUAUCUGUAAUAAAGAUGAUGGAACUUGUACUUCGUGUUCGCUCGGAUGGACGGGAAUUAGUUGCAACCAACAAGGCUGCAGUGGUGGUUAUUAUGGUAAUAAAUGUGCGCAACGUUGUAGUGCUAAUUGUUUCAAAAACGCAUGUAAUGGAGUAAAUGGCAACUGCUUCCAGGGAUGUCAAGCAGGUUGGGAAGGAUUACAUUGUGAUAAAGAAUGUAAGAAUGGAACAUAUGGACGGAACUGUAGCUAUAAUUGUAGUGGACAUUGUUUGAAUGAUUCAACAUGCAGACGUACGGACGGUUAUUGCUUGUCAGGUUGCAAACAAGGCUGGACCGGGGACACUUGUGAUGAUAAAUGUCAAGAUGGAUUAUAUGGAGUAAACUGCAAGCUACACUGUUGCACGCACUGUCUAAAUGGCACGAUAUGUUUACAUACAAAUGGUACCUGUAUGAAUGGAUGCGAUCCAGGAUGGAUUGGUGACACAUGCAAGGAUGAAUGUCAAAAUGAAACGUAUGGAGAGGGAUGCGCUUUUAGCUGCAGCAAACGUUGUUCUAAUGGUUCGAUGUGCAUACACAAAAAUGGUUCUUGUAUGCAAGGUUGUGAUCCAGGAUGGUCUGGGGACACUUGCAAGGAAGUAUGUACUGAUGGAUAUUAUGGGCAUAUGUGUCUGCAGAAAUGUAGUGCAAACUGUGCCGGGGGCUAUUCAAACUGCGACAACGUCUAUGGAUCUUGUAUGUCUGGGUGUAAAGCUGGUUGGAGGGGACGCAAAUGUGACGAAGAAUGUCCAACAGGAAGCUGGGGACUUAAUUGUGCAAACUCCUGCGGAUAUUGUGUGUCUGGAGUGUGUCGACAUACAGAUGGUAUUUGUAAUGGGGACUGUGCUGCAGGAUUUAAACAAACUCCACACUGUGACGAAGAAUGCGACAAUGGAAGCUAUGGUAUCAACUGUUCCCAAAUAUGUAGCAAGAAUUGCAAGGACAUAUGUAGGAAACAAAGUGGGGAGUGUCAGUUCUGUAAAAGCGGUUGGCAUGGUGCAAAUUGCACUCUAGAAUGCGAAGGUGGAAGAUGGGGUGAAAGCUGUAAACGAAGAUGCUUUACAUGCAUUAAUGAAACAUGCAACCAAAUAAAUGGGGCUUGUUAUAGACAGUGUAAGCCGGGUUUCAAACAAACAGAAUACUGUGAUCAAGUGUGUGAAAAUGGAAGCUAUGGCCUCAACUGCUCCAAAAUGUGUAGCACAAACUGUAAAGAUGUAUGUGACAGGCGGAGUGGAUAUUGUACCUCUUGCAGAAGCGGUUGGCAUGGUGAAAGAUGCACACAUGAAUGCGCUUAUGGAAGAUGGGGUGAGAAUUGUCAACAAAUAUGCACUACAUGCCAUAAUCAAACCUGUAAUAGAUUCAACGGAUCUUGUAAUGUACAAUCUGUAAAGCAGACAGAGACGGAAAGGAUGAUGCAUAUUUCUGGAGGAGGUGUAGCAGGAAUAGUUGUAACUGUUAUUGUUCUGAUUUUCUUCAGCGUAGUUGUUUCAGUAUUGAUCACGAGAAGAAGGCUACAUAGAGACACAUUUAGAAAUCGCACUAAAUUGGAAAAUGAAACAGUCUCCUAUUCAAAUGUUUUAGCUGCAGAUACUAAUUCAACAGAAUCGAACCUGAAUGUGGAAACGGAAAAUGAUUACGACAUCAUAAAAAGGAAAAGCGGCGUUGAACAUAUCUACGAUGAAUAAAACAAGUUUGAAAAAAAAACGUUAAUAACGCAUGUUCUUGUGGCCGCUUAUAUUCUGAACUGUUUAUGCCAGACAGAAUGCUAGGAGAUGUUUUGUUAUCGCUAAUAUCUAAAUCUCAUAGUAUGAUACUGUUGUGUACAAGCAGAAAAAAAUGUUGGUUAACUACAAACCUUGGUAUUGCACUGUAUUGUAAACGUAUUUAGCAUCACACAUCUUUUUUUGUGUGGUGAAGGUACGGAGAUAAAGGCACCGUUUAUAUAGCUGUUAGUGAUAACACUUUUAUCAAGCUGUAAGUUGUGCAUUUGAUAUAAUAUAAAUGUGUAAAUUAAUACAACGGCAUACAGCAAAAGGAAAUAAUGCCAAUUCUUUAGGAAAUCUAAGCAACAGUUUGCUUUGAGCUUUAGAACAAAUCCUGCCUUGUCUAAUGCAUUGUUUUAUACUUAGCUUAUGUUCGUGCCCUACAUGUAACUGAUGUUCCACGCCGCUAAUGUACACCCAGAGAAAAUGAAAGAUAUUUGACAGAUUAACGCUAAGGCUUGAAGUAUUCAAUGGUUCACAUUUAAGUUAAGGUUCUUGACUUUUAACCAUUUGGAUAAGAUAUCGUUUCUUUGACUCUAUUCUAUAUACGGUUUGUAUGUUAUUUUUUAUUCAAAUCACACCAAUAGAUACAAUAAAGUUAGUACAUUGUAAGCUUUACUUUUGCUGUAAGACACCAAAUUCUAAUCAGUAAUAAGAUAUAACUGUUAUUGUAAUAAUCUAUUUUGGGCAAACAAGAAACAUUACACAUUGAACUAUUUGUUUUUAAUAAUAUUUCUGCAAAAAUAGUAUUUACCUUCAUAUUAAUUCUUUUUAUUUCUCAUUUUAAAGGUAAUACGGGUUGUUUAACUGUUUAAAAAGGAUCUGAUACCAAACUAUAGAAUAUACGUUUAUUAUAAAACAAUAAAUAAAAGUAACAGUACAUAUAUUAAACAUAUUACAUUGAUAAAUAUAAGUGUAGACUGUAUAAGUUGAAACGCCAUGACCUGUAUAAAAUAACCACCAACUGAUCUUUUGCUAUUGUGGAAUUGGGUAUAAACUGCAAAUGGUUAGACCGUAAAAGUUGAAACACCAUAAAUUAUGUAUAAGUGUCUUGGCUAGAAUAGUUGUCUAAGAGAGUAUUUAAUAUUUGUGAGAUAUAUAAAAAUUUACUAUCUAAAAGUCAAUAACUUCCUUUGUAUUCUUAUUAAUGGUAUUCUCUCGUUUUCUAGAAACAAUUUUAUACGUACAUUUGUGACUUUUAAAGCAAAGAGAAUAGAAAUAUUUAUUUACGUAAUUCGAUUUGUUAAAAAGUUUGAGACACUAAUAAUUAAUAAGAAGAUAUGCUUGUCUAAGGGUAUGCUAAAUUGAACAAGAAAUGAUUCUUUAUUUCUUAGAGUAUUUGCAAAGUAGCAAAUAGCGGGUGAAUUGUUUUGUUCAGUUUAUAUUGAAGGCAAAUCUCAAUCCGAUAUCGGUUACCAUAAGUAAGUGGAAUAUUUCCUUAACUGUCAAGUUAGUUUCAGCUUCUUUGCCGUCUUCCAACAGUCAUCCAGCAAGGCAUUUGUUUGGCCUCCGAUUUCCGCUGUAACAGUCCAAAUCUUCCACGGUCAGAUUUUUUCUUGGGACAGCAACCAGCUGCCCACACACACAUGCCCUAUCCCUAAGUUCCCCUCUCCUAUUUUAAAGCAUUUUCAAGGUAGAAAACAAUAGUUCAUUUUAACUUAUCCUCUGAAGGAAUUUUUACUUAGUAGAUAAAUACUAUUAUGUGUAUGUGAUAGUGAUCUGAACUUGUCAUUUGCUUGUGAAGAUUUAGUAAAUAAAUUGCUAUA